AUGACUGGACUAAAUGAGGAAAAUUUUGACGGGACCCAAUCGGAUAAGAGAUUGGAUAUUUUGCAACCUUUGGAUUAUUCUUUUAUGAAUAUAAAUAACUUGGCAGACUUACCUACUUCGGACCCGAGAAUAAUACCUAACAGUAAUUUGGUCAUUAAAAGAGGCAGAGAUGGCAAAUGGGUUUCCCAGACUCUGAAGAUAAACAACAACCAAAUAGAGGACAUUUCUGCACUACCUACUGUGGUUUUUGAGCUUUUUGGCGACACGUCUAGCUUGACAUGGUUAGAUAUAUCUUGCAACAACAUAUCUAGUAUUUCAAAUUCUUUAAGUAGUCUUAAACACCUGAAAAUAAUCUACUUGCACGGGAACAAAUUAGCAUCGUUCCAGGAAGUAACAAAACUCCAACAGUUACCAGAGUUGUCGAGACUUACGUUACAUGGAAACCCAGUUGAAAAAGAAAAGGGUUACUUUUACAUGGUUCUCUCGAUAUUGCCAAAACUAAUAACUCUGGAUUUCACUGGGAUCUCAAGGGCAGACAGACAAACUGCUGCACUGAUUAAACCUCCUGGUCGCAAAAAACAUUGA